AUGGUGUGGUCGUUCCUGCAGCCCAAGGACCUAUUCCUCCAGAACCUCGUAUGCCUCCGGUGGCGCACCUACUGCGUUGAAGACCAGAGCCAGCCGUGGAAGGCGGUGCACGAUCGGGACUUCGGCGGGCCGCGUGAGGGCGACAAGACAUGGCGCGACACACUCAAGCAGCACGUGCGCGAGUUGCGUUCGUUCGGCAACGGCCUCUCCACCAUCGAGAAGCGCUUCAAGUGGGCGGUAUCGAAGGGAUUGUACGUGAUCGUGGAUGCAGUGGUGGAGGAGGCCCUGGCGCGAAAGAGCACGAAGACGAUCUUCAUCAACGGGUACCAGCGCAACGCCUUCCUGCACUACAGCGCCAUGCGCAACAAGUUCGGCAAGACGCCCCUGUUCGAGGCCGUCAAGCACGGGCACAUGGAGGUGGCCCGCGCCCUGGUGCGACACGAGAUCGUUACGGCCUACGACGGGCUCAACACCAUGCGCAUCGCCAUCAAGAAGGGAGACGAGGACAUGGUGCGCUACCUCAUCGGCGAGGCCAAGCUGGCCCACGUCAACAUCGAGACACUUGAUACGAAGGUGGCGCCAAUCCAUUGGGCCUCUCGCUAUGGCAAGAUCUCGAUGCUCGACCUGCUGGUCAAGAACGGCGCCAAUGUGAAUGCUGUAGAUAUCAACAAUGUCACGCCGCUGUAUAUAGCCUGUAAUUACAACAAGGAGGAGGCCGUCGACUACCUGCUGCAGAAGGGUGCCGACCCCAACUGUAUAUCGAAGGACGGCGCCACGCCCCUCUUUAUCGCCUGCCAGAACGGGUUCACCGAAAUCGUCAGCCACCUCCUUAAGAAGGGGGUCGAAGUGAACGCGAGGGAUUCCCAGGGCGUGAGCCCACUCUACGUGGCUGCCCAAAACGGGCAUGGUGACAUUGUGACGAUGCUGCUGGAGGCCAACGCCGCGGUGAACGCCUCGCGAAAGGAUGGCGUGAGCCCGCUCCACAUCGCGGCUCAGAAUGGACACCGUCACGUGUGCCAGCUGCUCAUGGCCAACCCGCACGGCGAAAAAGCCGAGGUGAAUGCUCGGGACCAGAAGCUGGGAAUGACGCCUGUAUUCAGUGCUUCCGAGACUGGACACGGCGAUAUUGUGAUGUCGCUCAUCGACCAGGGAGCCGACAUUCACCUUGCUCGCGAGGACGGUGUGACGCCGCUAUGGGUGGCCUGCUUCAAGAACCACCCCGAAGUUGUGCGACAUCUGCUGGAUAAGGGAGCGCAAGUGGAGGUCUGCGAAACGAACACGCUGCUCACACCGCUCUGUGUGGCUGCCAAGGCUGGGAGCUGGGAGAUAUGCUCCAUGCUCAUCGACGCCGGUGCUAAGGUCAACUACACCACCAAGUCGGGCCUGUCGCCGCUCUUCAUCACCUGCGCGCAGGGCCACUACGACGUGUGCGCGCUUCUGCUCAAGAACGGCGCCCAAGCCAAUCCCAAGGCCAAAGGCGCGGCCACGCCCCUGUGGAUCGCGGCGUCGAAGGGCCACCACUCCAUCGUCUACCUCCUCACCCAGCACAAGGCCAAGGCCAAGGUAAAGUUCAAUGGCCGAUCGGCCUACGACGAGGCCCUCAAGAACGGACACGAGAAGGUCGUCGAGCUCCUCAAGAAGCUCUGA